GUCCCCCUCCUCGCAAUACAACACUACGUGCUCUGAAGGCCCACAUUGCUCGAAACGUCGAGAGCACUGCGAUCUCACGCGAAGGGCCACCACGCCGUUGGCUGGACCAAGUUGUUGACGUGGUGCUGGUGGUUGUUGAUUGUUGUUGUUGAUUGUUGUUGUUGUUGUUGGGCUCGGCCCAGCGGUGCAGGUCGCUUCCACCGCGCACCACGCGCAGUCUCCAGGCGCGCGGCGGUGACGUCAGCCGGCACAAACACUCGGGGGGGGAGGGGGCGGGGCUUCAGUCGCCGUGCGCAGGUAAAGUCGCGAGUGAACCAUUGGUCACUCCAACGUGCUCUCAAAGGGCUAUGGGCGAGAAUGGGGAAAUUUCAGCCGAGUUCACGCAAGAGAUGGCGAGGUUGCGCAAACUCGUCAGCCACCUGGAGACCCAAAACGCCGAGCUGAGACGCCGAGGAUCCGGCGCAGCAGCGGCACCGCACAGCGUUGGGGAGGCGCACGCCGGUGCCGCCGGGAGACACAGCGCCAAAUCCGACAAGAAGCGGAGCGACACUGACGCGCCGCACCGUGCCGGGGAAGUACACACAGUGGGGAACCAGGCGCGAUGUAAUGGUGGUGUCAUGCCGAGUGGCUCACCGACGGCGCAGAGUGGUGCUCAAAAUGAUGCUGCAGCUACUGCUGAUACUCUGGACGAUGUGGUCAUGCUGGACCUGCAAAGGACGGACGUGGUGGAGGAAGACACGUGGUUAUACACAAGCCCGAGCCGCAAGCCAACACGAGAUGGGGAUGCCCUGGAGUGGAGCCGCCGCGUGCUCGACAACCCGAGCCCCAAGAUGCGCGAGGCUACGCUCGCAUUGGCGCGCCGCCUAGAGAAGGCCACCCGCAGGCGUAGUUGGCAUGGCGAUGACUUCAAUAUCCCCAAACUCCCAUCGGACAUAGGGAACAACAUGCUGGGUCGCCGUGGUUACGGGUCCACAUUCACUCUCGCCUCUCCGGAACUAGUGGCUGUUGCAGACACCUUCUCCAACACAACCGUCUCUGGGGAGAUGGUUGCUCCAGGAACCAGCAAGCGGAUGGGCCGGCUGGGCAGCCUUACAGAUGUGGAGAGUGUGGCCAGACAACAGGAGGAAGCUCUGCGCCUGGAGUGCUCCACCUCCUCGGUUUUUGCAACGCGUGGUUCCUCCCCGUCGAGGCACGGCCUCGUGUCUCCAUCCAGCCAGGAGUUUCCCUCAGGGGUGCCGGUGUCGCCCCAUCGCUCGGCCUCCACUCCUCGCGAGCCGACCUCCCGCGGCGAUCCCAGCCGGGAGCCGGCUCGCACCCCAGGGCUCGAUGUGAGCUCCGACUGGUCCCGUUCCACUCGGGCUCAACGAGAGCAUGUCUCCUAUGACACGACCCCUCGUGAGCUGGCUCGUGACCCAGCCCCAAGGGAGCGAGCCCCAAGGGACCGAGCACCGCAAGAUUUCAUCCGACGUGACCGCAGCAUGAGCCCCUCCCUCCGACAUCUGCGGCCACCCUCUCUCCAGACAGCAGUAAGGACCCCGUCACCUGGACGGCCCAUAAAGGCCACACCUCUCCUGUCACCCCCGGCCAAUGGGAGGUCGAGCGAGAGGGAAGGACGGAGCUCCGUCCCAAAGUCGCGCCCCUCUCUGAUGCCUGGAGCGACCUCUGGUUACCCUGGCAGCCAUGGAGCCCCGCUGUACCCUCCUGGAGCUGCUAUGCUGGGUGCAGUGGAUGCCUCACAUCUCAAAGUGAGGCGCUCCAAUAGCCCAAGUGCUGGGAAUAUCCCAAGCGAUGCAUCCCGUUCCCUCCGCGACAGGCAAGCCAGGAGCCCCGCACGCAACUUCGCCACCGUCGUACCACGAGGGCGAUCAGUGGGCCGGGUCAACAAUGUAAUCGCCGUUGCACCUGCGGCGACAGGAAUGGGAGGCGCUGGGGCCAGGCGUUCUGCGAGUCCUGCAAAUAACUUAACGAAUGGCGGCAGCCUUGGUCAGACGAGACUAUUGUCCGUCUCGUCACAGCACAACCCAGUUCGCGACGGCCAGAUGCUGAACCGUACGUACAUGAGGAGCGACGACCGGCAGGGCGGCCGCGGUGCGUCGCCACACGGCACCCACCAAGCCGCGCCGGUGAACACACCGCCGCGCCACGCCAGGUCUUCACACACCACGCCGACACGCGCACCGCAAACGUGCGCCACGCAAAGCCGCCCCACGCAACCUGGCGCCGUGCAAACACACAACCGUGGCGCGACCGGCACCCGCCGCUCCUCCAGCCUGCCGCGUUACGUGGGGACGGAGCUGCGUGUGCACAAACAAAGCUCGCAGAGUCCUACUGCCGUGUAGCCUCUCUGUCCAAUUCACACUUCGAACGACAAGACCAUUUCCUCUUCCAUCGCCUCACGUGAUGCCUCACCACUCAUUAUGCCCUCUGAUGUUGCAACUGUUUAGCUACUUAGCCUUGAUCAGCCCAUGCUCAUAAUUUAAUAUCUUACCUUUUCUCCUAGCCCCUCUUUAGUAUCCAUUCUAGGACAAUGUCAACUUUGGGGCCACCAAGCAGGCAUCACUACUUCAUAUGGUCGGGCACCUAUAGACAGACCCUGAGGUUAGGUGUCAACUAUACCGCUGCUACAAGAUCUGGCAUGAUGAAAUAAGCGAUUGUGAGGUGUGGUAGAACCAGCGGCAUUGACUGAAGACUUCUUCCACCUGAACCUGUCUCCCCAAGGAGCUGCUUUGAACCGAGGGAUCACAUGUGAAGGCACUGCUGCUCACAAGGAGCCCUAGGGGCAUACAGGCCCCACUGUUCCCGAACAGGAUUACCACUGGUCUUUCCAGACCCCCAAGCCAUACCUAAAUCAAUCACUUGGCUUCGUAUUUUUCCUUGAACUUAACGCUUUUUCCUUAGGCGUGCAUUUUAGUUGUUUUAUUGCUGUAUAUAACCUUGUUAAUAUACAGAAGGGCUGGGCUUAUACAUAGAUAUAACUUGUGACACCAAAGUUUUUCGUGGACGUUUACAACUGCGGCCGUGAUGCCAAAAGCUGAGGCGAUGCAGUCUUUAUUUGCAAUAGCCUUUUACAUUGUACAUUUUAAAUCCUCUUCCCAGCGCCCAAGUGCGUGCGAUCAGCAUGAUGCUGGUAGUCGAAAUUGAGACCGUAGGAAAGAAGUGCUAUACCCUCUCCUAGUCCUGCUUUAAGGUGUUUUACUCGUGGUCGGUGGCAUUGUGACCCCGUGCUAGCGAGUGCUGGGGUAGUUGUUGCAUGACAGGCAGUACAAGUGUAAGAACGUAAGCAGGUGCUGACUGUAUUUUGAAGUAACACUGCACUACAAGUGUGCCUGCUGUGCUAAAUAUCUUUAAUGUGGAGAAAUAUAUGCAGACUGCCAUGCAUACCAUUUUACCCAUUGGCAAUGUCUAACCAGGUUUUGAGCGAAAAACUUAGACAUGAAACUCACCGGUAGAUGGGCAGAUAUCAAACCACGAAGCUCACCUGGUGCUCUGCAAGUUUCGUCCAGGUACUGCGUGACUGGUGUGUCAGGCCUGGUAGUCAGAAUCAUUGCCUGGGAGAACCCCCACACCACCAUGGUGUCCCCGCGCAGACAACUUCAAUGUAAUUCCCCAUGCUGUCACAAUGAGUGGCGGAAGGCCCCAGAAGAGCUGUAAAGCCACCACGAUGUGACGGCAGCAGGCUCUCACACCCACUGUCGUGAUGCUUCCAGUUUGAUGCCUGCAAACGUUCCGGGCAGAUAACAUCGCGGUGGUAUCAUAGCCGGACAAGACCAGGGGGCAGAUGACUUAACAGGCGCAAUGCACGGACUGUGGACCAUGCUGGCUGUAUAAGGUGUUCACUAACAGCACUUACUCUCACGAUAUAAAAAUGGCACUUUGCCAUUUUGACUAUUUGUUUUAUAUGUAGGUGCCUGUCAGCAGGGGUCAUUCGCAUCUCUUCCCAAUGUUUAGAUGCAGUGUAAAAGUACAUGGACAUUUUAAAAGGCGAUAUCCCCGUGCGUUGGUUAGGUGCUCAUGAACAGCACUUGUCUCAGCGAUCUAUAAGGCUCCGUGGCUUAUCUUUGUGUGUUUUGGUGUGCGAGUUUAAUGUUUGGCUUUCAGAUAAGUAAUCGUAUCCAAAAUAACCUCCCUUGAAUUAUCCGCAGCUCAUUGUUACCACACAUGCUGCUGCUUCCUAUGGGCCAAAGUGUUCUUCUUGUUACAUAAAACAAUGUUUAACUAUUUUUAAAUGUUUAAAGCAUUCCAACAACCGGAGCAAAGCUCUUCUUUGCUUGAAAUGUUUUGAUUGCAUACUUUUAUUCACUACAAAACUGAUAAUGUAUAAACAUAGGUAUGCAUUGUGUAUCCAUAUAUUGUAUGUGUAGUGGGCCAUUUUAUAAAUACGAGUGAAUGUAUUCAUAUAGGUACUAUAAACAGUAAAUAAUUAAAGUAGACUAAAUAACAUCAUAGUUCUGUCAUAUCAUAUACUUUAUACACUAUAGUACUCUACUUUUUAAAAUGUUAAUUAUAUUGUAAAAUUAACAAUUCCAAAAUAUAUUGUUUACUACCUUUUUGCCCAGGCAAACUGUUUUCUAAUAAUUGACAUUAACGUCCAAAGCAUAUUCUCAGAGUAGGCCACCUCUGGGAGUUGGUUACUGUACUUUGCAAGUAAAACAUUUCUUUAUUCUUUUAGAGAAGUUUUUAAAUGUUUUAGUGUCAUUCUAAUUGUGCUAUUAGCAUCACGUGAUGCGAAGUGUCCAUUUGGAACUCUUGCAGGAAGAACAGUGCCUUGCCCCACGUGAGAGCACAGGCAGUGAUAUGACAUUACUGCUUCUGAGAUACCUUAAAGUGACCUCUUAUCCACACGAGGGGUGCUACACUGUCCAACCUUCUGCUAAAGAGAUGUUCAUUUGCAGUCAGCUGCAUUUUUCUAUUUUUAGAGCAGGAAUUUAGCCACAUGAAGUGAAGAAUGUAAUUAAACGUCAGAUGGUUUUCGUGUGCGGUCGUGACUGGGUAUCGCCUCACAAAAACUUCCAAGGACCCAUUUCUUAAUUCCGCAAUUGCAGGUGGCUGCCCCAAUUCAGACCCUGAAUUUCAACGAUGCGGGCUCAGUGCUCUGAUCUCUGUGCCGCCUGCCCACCUCUCACAUUUGUCAGUGCAUUUACAUGGAGCUCUUAGUAUUUAAAUGCUUAAAGGUUUAAAAUUUGCGGAGGAAAAAGUUAUUGUGGAUAUCGGUGCAUGUGGUGAUUACGGAGGAACCCAUUUUCAACAGCGAGUCGACUUUAUAACCGUGCCUUUGUCGGGAUGUGCCUCAUUUCUGUAAGGCGCAACCCAGCAUACUCGUUUAAGUGGCUGCUUUGUAAGUGUAAGCACAUCAGUUACACCUCAUUUUACUGUGGGAUGCCAACAGCAAAAUUCACAGUUGCUGUCUGCUUUUAAUUACCGCCUAUUCAUUAAGUGUGCCUAAACAGUGCAGUGGACAUGGAGCUUUGCCAGUGGCUGGCUUCUAUACACCUCCAUAUUCACACAUUUACUAAAAAUAGGGACUGUUUUAAAAGCAUCAACAAAUUUGCAUUUAAAAUAUUACAUUGCCUUUAGGGUUGCAGCUUGGGGGAUAGUGUUACUCGACAUAUGCCUUGCAUUUGCAGAUGAAAGUCCAUGUAUUAUCCCCUUAUUCCUCUAUUGAAAGAUUACCGGUUUCAUAGCACUGCAUUUACAGUAUGUAUUAUAGGAAUUCCAUUUGUUCAUCCAGGCAACCCACCGAGUCUUUAAGGCUUUCGACUUUUAGGAGGAUCCUGUAUUUGGGAUGUUUAGCAAGGUGACAUGUGGGAGGAAACUGGAUUACCUGGAGAAACCCCCACACAAAGGAGAAAACACUCAAAGGCUUUGGACACAAAGAACCCAUCCACUUGCUGUACUGCCAUCUCUGGCCACUGAACAAUUGUGAAAUAGCUUUAUAGCUCAUCGGAUUCCUCUAUUAUCAAUCAAUAUUCUGAUUCACUUUAUAGCCCAGCAGGUGUGGGCAGUUCAUCAAAUGUAUGGGAGCCACCAACCCUCUCCUCCAAAGCACCGGACUAAAGGCAUUGUACGACAGCCUGCCUGGUGCAUUAAGUAGGGGGCAAGACUUCUGCAAUUGAACCUUAUGGCGGUAGCCCGGGGUACCAGAGUAUCCCGGCUCUCGCACAAUGUCCGUGAUGCAGUCAUUUUUAGUCUGUUGAUGGUCGGCGAUGCGGCAAUCGACUCAUCUCGACGAGCUGUACACGAUGCUCCGCUACGGUGCGUACCGCGAGCGUUCAGGGUUUCAGCGCAAUCGUCCCCGCUGCGUUUCGACAUUGUGGAGUAGCACCGAUUUCGAAUUGAUUGGUACCCCAGUCACGGAGUUAAGUAAACCCCUGGAAAAACUCGUGUCCCAGAAAUACAAUAUUUAAUUGCCUCGGCUAGUUUGUAUGAUUUGGUACCCUGGGGUACCGCCAUAAGGAUCAAUUACUGCAGAACAUUGGUUUACUGGAACUGCAUUGUCAAAACUAAGUUAAUUAUACAUAUAUAACAAUAACUAUACAUGUGUGUAUCGAGUGUCACCAGCAGUUGUUUGCUCAUAGAUGCAUAAUGGGUUAUACAUCACCUAUUAACGUUUGCGAGCUAAUUCUAAAGCUGACAUAAACCGAUCACUACUCAUGGAUAAUGAAGGAGCAGCUGCCCCUCACCACCACGAUGCAUACACCACCAAUUCUCUUAUCUCAAACAAAUAGGGUUUUUUUUCUGUAACACCCAGUGUGCAGCACUCGUGAUUAUAUGCUUAAUGACAUAAAAAAUGUAAGCAAUGAUGCGUUUUACGGGUGUGGUUGUCUAAAAUUGGUUCUGGAUAGUAGCAAUACAAGACACCAAUGCAAUGUUGUCCUGCUAAUAAAUGCUUUCUGAUAGUGCUAUGGUUAGCAAUUGGUAAUGAUGCACAUGAAAUGCAGUGAAGCCAAUCGUUGACAUGAUCUGGCAAUUGUAGCUUCAUGAGCAUGUUUACCGAUUCGUACAUAUUGACACAUUUUACAGACCGUGUUUACAUAUUGGUGAGGAUACACUUAAUGCACUGUUAUAUGGUUUUCAGGUACACUUUUAAACAUGUGUAAGUGCCUGUUGCAUGUAUUGAACAUGUAUUGAGUGCCUAUGAAUAAACUCUACUCAUUAAGAAA